AUGCCAAAGAUGCUCUCUGGUAAGGGAUAUUGCACACAACCAACAUGUUUUCCCGUAUUGGGUGCUCCACCCAUUCAUGUUUUUCUAUGCAAAACUCAUUGUGAACAUAUGCUCUGUUAUCGCCAUUGGCUUUCUCAUCAGACAUCGGGAAUCGAUGAGAAAGAAGAUUUGGACCAUUCGUCGUCAACUGUUACACUUGAUUCCGAUGCUGAAGAACAAAAAAAUGUUCCUGAUCUACUCAAAGAAUGUACUAAUCAAGAAGAUCAACACCUAUCCGAAGUACCGUUAUCGAUGAAAAAUUCGAAUUAUUUCGAUGGCGAUGAAAAUAAAGAAAUAGUUACGUCACAUAUUCAGCCAAAAGAAAUUGAAUGGUGGAAUGAAAUAACACCCUGGAAAAACGAUGAAAAUUUCAAUGUAAAUACAACCGAAGAAUUCAGUGAUGAAGAGUAUGAUUAUGUGGAUCAGAACAAUAGAACAGACGAUUCAGAUUACGAUAUAAAAACUAAACGAAGAACAUCUAAGAAAAAACUCGGCCAAUCAAUGUCCUGCGGUUCAUAUCUCGGCGAAUGUCCACUAACAUUCGAUGGCGCAUUCGGUUUAUUUCAAGACUACCAUCAACAUCAAUUGUGUACGAAAUCAAAAGGUCCAACUAAAAAGAUUUGUUUGUAUCAACAUUUCAAUUCCAAACAUGGCUUCAAACGUCAAGUCUCGAUUCGUCUGGUAAAAGCAAUGAUUUAUCAACAAGAUCCAUCUACUAUCAAAUGUCCAUUGGCAAUCAACGAUCCUAUUACAAAUAUGCCAUGUUCAACGCAAGAAAUCACUCGAAAAAGUAUUCGGCGACAUUUAUCUGGUGUGCAUCGAUUAGAUUCAGAAACUAUUAACAAACUGAUGAAACAAAUCUAUAAAUAG